AUGCCUUUGACAAUCAAUACAAUUACCUGGUGUGAAGAUGCGAAUGCAAAUAUAAGAUCUUUAAGGCAUAAAAUAGGAAAGUGUAAGAAAGACAGUAAUGGUGAUGUAAAGGCUAUGUGGGAGAAGAUUGAUUUGGAGCUACAACAUGCAAAUGUGGAAAAAUUAGGUUUUGACCACCCAUUAUGUUCUGGCAUACUCAAUAUAACCUUGGAACCUUUCACAAAAAUUUUAAAAUCAUUUCACAAAUCACUAAAAUAUGAAUUGUUUUCAAUAAAUAAAAAUCUGCAAAUAAAUAAAGAAUUAUAUAUGUGUGAUAAUCGCAUCUCUGUUGAAUAUUGUAAUAAACAAUUUACUGAAAACUGUAUAGAGAAUAUG